AUAAGACAUUCACAAAAAUAGUUGCAUAGGCUAAAAUCCAGAUAGCCAGAACUCUCUCUAAUUCUACCCUUUUGAUCUCUGGCCAGAGCUGCUGAAACUUCAUUACCAAGAAAUGUCUUGCUCAAAUCUGACAAUGUGGUCUGACACCUCCUCGCUGUCUUUUCGAUCUUCUCUCAACCCUUUCCAGCUUCCUUCUCACGGUUCAACCAGCAGCAACCCUUCAAGAUCCUCUUCUGUCCCCACCAUUCAGUGCGCUAGUCUCCGUGACCUUCGGACUCGGAUAGAUUCGGUGAAGAACACACAGAAGAUCACUGAGGCCAUGAAGCUUGUUGCUGCUGCUAAAGUGAGGAGAGCACAAGAAGCUGUCGUGAACGGUAGGCCUUUCUCCGAAACUCUAGUUGAGGUUUUGUAUAACAUUAAUGAACAGUUGCAAACUGAGGAUAUCGAUGCUCCUCUUACAAAAAAUAGGCCUGUCAAGAAAGUUGGUUUAGUUGUUAUUACUGGUAACAGAGGUCUCUGUGGAGGUUAUAACAAUUUACUUAUCAAGAAAGCUGAAGCUAGAAUUGCACAAUUGAAAGAUCUUGGAGUUGAUUUUACUGUGAUUAGUGUUGGAAAAAAGGGUAACUCGUAUUUUAAAAGACGGCCUUAUAUUCCGGUUGAUAGGUUCAUUGAAGGUGUUAAUAUUCCUACAGCCAAAGAGGCUCAGGAAAUCGCAGAUGAUGUUUUUUCUCUUUUCGUCAGUGAAGAAGUCGAUAAAGUCGAGCUUCUGUACACAAAAUUCGUGUCGCUGGUUAAGUCCGAUCCCGUGAUACACACGCUGCUUCCACUUUCGCCCAAGGGAGAAAUCUGUGACAUUAAUGGAAAUUGUGUUGAUGCUGCAGAAGAUGAGUUUUUCAGGCUGACAACAAAAGAAGGGAAGUUGACUGUUGAAAGAGAUAUGGUCAGGACUCAAACCGUAGAUUUCUCACCGAUCUUGCAGUUCGAGCAGGAUCCAGUUCAGAUUCUUGAUGCCUUGUUACCUUUAUAUUUGAACAGUCAAAUUUUGAAGGCAUUGCAGGAAGCAUUAGCCAGUGAGCUUGCUGCUAGGAUGAGUGCUAUGAGCAAUGCAUCCGAUAACGCCUCGGAAUUGAAGAAGGAUCUUUCGAUGGUUUACAAUAGGCGGCGUCAGGCAAAGAUCACCGGAGAGAUAUUGGAGAUUGUUGCUGGUGCUAAUGCAUUAGUCUAAAUAAAAUCUGCUUCUAUGUGGGGGUAGAUUCAUUCAAAAGUAUAUGUUUGUUUUAAUAAUAGUUAUGAGAUAGGACAUUUUUCUUUUAAUUUUAUCUUUCAAUUGCAAUUCUUGAAUUGCUGAUAAUACUACUCUGUGUAUGUCAAGAAUUGCAGUGUAUCUUGAACAAAAAACCAACCUGCUUAUAAUUGUAUCUCAUUUUGUUUUAUAUCAUUGUAUUGACACUAAUAAAAUUGCUCUGAAAUUUGCAGUUAA